CUACCGUCCAACGCAGAGUCGACUUACUACCGCGUGACCGGUUUCGUAUUCCAAGUGCACGUUGGUUCCGUGUUAAAUGUCGUCCGCGCGCAGUUCGUAAGUCGGGGGUGGUAGUCUCUGCGCUCACCGUACCACCCGGGCGUGAUGAUUUGCGUGUCGUGAUAGUCGCCGAACGCGCUUGUACUCGCGUGGAACUUUAACGAGCCAGGUAGGACUUUCGUUUCCAUCGGCAGCUGUCGGGACGGCGGACACAAACACCGUGAAACGGAACGCGCGCGAACAGCCGAUAAUUGUAGUGAACAUGUUGUCGUCCUUGCUGGCGUUGCGAUUCGGUUCGAAUCGCUGAUUAUACUAUGGUCACGGCGCAUCCGUCGAUAUCGGUUUACGAUUGCACCGUCGAGGUAGCAACGCAACGUUGCGAUUCGCCGGACAACAGCGUCGGACACGCGUCGUUUGACGAGCCGAUAAAUCGCCGACGAUCUGAUUGUUGCCGCACGCGACAUUACGUUUUUAAGGCUCGAGUGGUAGUGUUUAACCCGCUGUUUUAGAACGUAUAGUACGCGUUUAUUGUGUUCAUUCGUCGUCCCGGACUUGUCGGAUCGGCCGCGCGGCCGGUGCUGGUGCGGUUAACGGUUUACGCGCUGGUGCAUCGAAGCCCAACCAACACCAUGGAAAAAUGGAAAAAAAUCACGAUCAUGGUCACGGCUUUUACGUUUUUUCUGCAAAUACGACCGUUGGAUUCAUUUCUAACCGCGUACUUGACCGGUCCGAACGUCAACGCAACGUUAAACGAGGUUACCGAUGUAUUCACUCCGAUAAAGCUGUACACUUCGGUGGUAAGCACUUUUCUAGUGUUCCUGUUGGCCGACUAUUUACGAUACAAGCCCCUCGUCGUGUUCAACGGGAUGGUAGGCAUGGCUACGUACUUGUGCCUGAUCGGGAAGCCCUCCAUAUUUAGCGUUAAGUUGUCCGAGGUUUUCGGUUCCCUGGUACUCAGCUGCGAAUGGACGUACUACGGUUACCUGUUCGCCCGGAUAAAAGACAAGAACCACUAUCAAAUAGCCACGGGAUGCGUGAAGGCUGGGGCGCUGAGCGGCCAAUUCAUAUCCGGUCUUUUCGGUCAACUCGUGACAUAUUUAAAUAACAGCGAUUACAACACUUUACCGUACUACAGUAUCAUUGGCGUGACUAUCGCAACCGCGUUGGCGAUCAUGUUUCCGCCGAUUAAACGGAAGAUCGGUUACUUCCAUGCGGACAACACUCUUCCCAUAACCGUCGACGAGAAAGCAAACUUGUUCUCGAAACACGUUAUCUGUAACUCGGAUUUACCUAAGUACUCUACGUUUGCGGUGAAAAAGGAAAACGUCGACUGCAAGCCGGCGACGAAAAUCAAAAGCCCGUUCGCGUGCAUCUACGAGAACUUCAAAAACUCUUACGCUAACCCCGUGAUCCUGCGAUGGUCAUUAUGGCACGUCUUGGGUCUGACCGGGUACAUACAGAUAUUCCUAUAUAUAAAUAUUUUGUACACGUACAUCAUGGACGUGUCGGACAAUAAGAACGAGCUGCUCAACGGACUGAUCGAUUCGCUCGCCACCAUGUGCGCGGCAUAUUGCUCUUACAAAAUGGGAAAGACGAACGUGGACUGGAUGGUGUACGGCGAUACGUUCUUGGCGCUCAAUGGACUUGCAAUCGGGCUGCUGGUGUGCCUGUGUAGCUGGGUGAAACACAUCUAUCUCGUGUACAUAAUAUACUUCAGCUAUACCAUACUAAUACAGUCCGUAUUCGUAAUAACCAUAUCCGAAAUCGCUAAACAAUUGAAAGACGACUGCUACAUAUUAGUGUUGGGAUUCAACGCGUUCUUAUCAAACGUACUGACCUCGAUCACGUCAUUAAUACUAGUGUAUGUGGGAACAUCUAUACCCAAACAAUUUUUGAUCUAUGGCGGAUUUUUCUUGUUCCUCGCAGCUGUUUACGGUUACGCAGUCAUUUACAAAAUAUAUUCAACGAAAACGGUGAAACACUUUGUCCGGGUGCCAUGAUCGACUGAAAACUAUUCCGUGCACGAUAAUAGACCAUCUCCGACGAAAUAUACGAGAUGACGGUAUACGACAACUGCUUGCUGUUAUGCUUAUGAUUUUUAUUAAAUUUGUUGAUUUUUAA